AUGGAGUUUGAUAGAAUUAGCAACUUACCAAGUGAUGUUGUAGAACAAAUUUUGUCACAUUUGCCCAUUAGAGAGGCAGUCAGGACAAGUGUUUUAUCAAGCAACUGGAGAUACAGAUCGGCUAUGCUUCCUCAUCUUGUGUUUGAUUAUCAGUGUUUCUCAAGAGAAAAACAUGUAACCUUUGUGAACAUUGUUGAUCAUGUACUUCUAGGUCACAUUGGCCCCAUUCACAAGUUUAAGCUUUCUCACUUUGGCUGUCUAGCCACUUGGGAUAUCGAUCGAUGGAUUCUUCAUCUAUCUAGAAACUCUGUCAAAGAGCUCAUACUUGUAAUUUGGGAAGGGGGGCGCUACAGAGUUCCUUCAUAUUUGUACUCUUGUCAAGAUAUAAUCCGUUUAGAGUUAUUUCGUUGUUUGCUAAAACCUCCGCCAACAUUCAAAGGCUUCAGGAAUUUGAAAAGCCUUGUUAUUGACCAUGUUACCCUGGCCCAAGAUGUGUUCCACAAUAUAAUUGCUUGCUGUUCUCUGCUUGAAAAGUUGACUUUGUUAGGGUUCAGUUUCACCCAUCUCGAGAUUGAUGCACCAAAUCUCCAAUUCCUUCAUGUCGAAGGUGACUUUGAGGAUGUUACUUUUGAGAAUACCUUAAAUCUGGCUGAUGUUUGCAUUUCUAUGGACAAUUAUGUCGACCAAAGAUGGGUUCGCAACAGUUCUAGCAAUUUGGUCAAGUUUUUGGUUCAGCUGCCUCAUAUUCAGAGGCUAAAAAUUCAGGGAUUCUUUUUACAGAUUUUGGCUAUCGGUGCCUUGUCAGCAGAGCUUCCUAAGCCAUGGUUAUAUCUGAAGUUUCUUUCUAUAAGCAUAAACUUUAAUGAUCCCAGGGAGAUUUUAACUGCUCUACGCCUUCUGAGAAGCUCCCCUGCUGUCCAAGAACUAGAAAUUUCUGCCGACCCUUCUCUUCCAGAACUAGGAUUUUCUGCCGACCAAGAGGUUCAGGUUGCUUUGUCAGAAAUGAACUCUUUAUAUGGCAACUGCAUUUGCCCAUUCACCCAACUGCGACUUGUCAAAAUAUCAGACUUCUCUGAUGUCAAAACUGAAUUUGAUUUCAUCAGAUUUCUGCUUUUAAAUUCUCCUGUGCUUGAGAAGAUGAUUGUUAAGCCUGCUUUUGCCGAUGGUUCUUUGGAGCUCCUUAAACAGUUGCUCCGAUAUGAUUCAUUUAGAGUACUUAUAUGUGUGCUAAAACCUCCAUCAACAUUCAAAGGCUUCAGGAAUUUGAAAAGCCUUCUUCUUAAGGGUGUUACCCUGGACCAAGAUGUGUUCCAAAAUCUAAUUGCUUGCUGUCCUCUGCUUGAAAAGUUGACUUUGUCAAUUCCCACUUUCACCCAUCUCAAGAUUGAUGCACCAAAUCUCCAAUUCCUUGACGUCGAAGGUGAUUUUGAGGAUGUUACUUUUGAGAAUACCUUAAAUCUGGCUGAUGUUCGCGUUUGUAUCUACCCUCACGGAAGAACAUGGGUUUGUGACAAUAGCAAUUUGGUCAAGUUUUUGGUUCAGCUGCCUCUUGUCCAGAGGCUAAAUAUUGGGAGAUAUCUUUUGCAGAUUUUGGUUGUUGGCUCCUUGUCACCAAAGCUUCCUAAACCAUGCCUAUAUUUGAAAUUUCUUUCCGUAAUGGUUAACUUUAAUGAUCCGGCUGAGGUUUUAACUGUCCUAUGCCUCCUGAGAAGCUCCCCUGCUGUCCAAGAACUAGAAAUUUCUGUAUACCCUGCUCUCGUAGAAGAACAAGAUUUUUAUGCCCACCAAGAGGUUCAGGCUGCUUUGUCAGAAGUGAACUCUUUAUAUGGCAACUGGAUUUUCCCAGUCACCCAACUGCGACUUGUCAGAAUAUCCUACAUCUUUGAUCUCAAAACUGAAUUAGAUUUCAUCAGAUUUCUGCUUUUAAAUUCUCCUGUGCUCGAGAAGAUGAUUGUUACACCUGACGAUGCCAGUGAUUCUCUGGAGCUCAUUAAACAGUUUCUCCAGUUAGGGCGUGCCUCAGUGCAUUCAGAGAUAAUCUUCUUGGACCCAGAUUCAUGA